AUGACCAGUAUCAUCCGCCUCUUCAUCAUCGGCGUUCUCUUCGUCCUAAACUCUUGCGCUUUGAAAUUGACUGGUAGGGGAGCAGGUCGCGGUGCCGGCAAGAGUCCCGAAGGAAAGCAACACCUAGGCAAAACGAAGAUCGGAGCAAUUUCAGAGCUCGAGCGGAAUGGGAAGGAGCACCGCGCGAAGCAGGAACAAAAGGAUAAAAAAAAGGAUAAAAAAAGCUGGUUCUCUCUAGCGUUUUCCGGAAACGAAGGGGACGCUGAAAAGAACAAGGAAAAGUGA